AUGUUUGGACAGAAACCUAACACUUUCGAGUCCAGAAUAAUGGCUACCACCUAUGGCAUCCGUGUACAUAGGCUCUUCCUAGACGGGUUACAUCCUGAAUCGAAAAAGGAAAUAAUAUCUGGAAUCCCACGCUGUAAAGAUGUGUUUUUUAAGUUUGUUAAAGUCGAUGAGGUGGUUAAAGUUGGAGAAAAACGUCAAUUCACUAGUUUUGCCCCUUUGACAGGCGGAGAGAAACAAGUGAAGCUCGAUUUCUACCAAUCAGAAUGUCCAGAUGCGGAGUUUGUUACAGAUCCUGAGGUGCGCAAGGCCCCCGGUCGUGGAUUAGUGAUUGAAACACCAGAGGCAUGGAAAACGAAAGAUAUUGAGAUACAUUUGCUCUUUGGUGGAACUGAGAUAAAGGUCACGGCUGUUAAUCGUACUAGCAACCGACAAUCCACGGUUCAUCUAGACUUUCUAGCCAGCAGUUAGUAGAUUUAGGCAUUUUUAAUUGAUCAACAAUUGUAAACAAUUGCAGAAGUUUGUGUCAGAGAAUGACUUUAGAAAUUAAAGUAUGGGUUUACCAGUGGUAACACUGGUCCCUCCAAACUACCUGUAAAUUUGUUAUUUGACUUAAACAAAUGUUUCUUCCAUUAACCGAUGAAUUUUUUGUGAUACGUAACAAAUACGAUUGUUAUUCAUUUAUAUGUUGAUACGAAAAUUAGUACUACUUGCAAUUGUAAGCAGCAACAAAGGAUUUUAAAUUAUUCUUUCAGUGGAUAUCGAGUCUCGCUACUAUCUCAAAAUUACUAUUCUAUAAAAAUGAUUGUGGAAGACUACAUUAGUAUUGAAUCGUUUUAGAUUUUAGGCGGAAGGUUUUUAAGGUACUUACGUCGGUAUUUCGCUAGUAAAUAAUGAUCUUUAAUUUUGUCCCUACUCUUCUUGAUUUUUAAAAGCAGCUUACUUAACUUGCAUAUCAAAACUGAGGCCAUAGACAUCUAGCUCGUAUAAAUUAAGGAUAAAUUAAGAUCCUUGCCGAUUGUAGGAUGAGCGAGUUAUCCUUCAUACUCAGUUCGCCAAGUUCAUCACAGCUAAAUUUUUAUGAAGCUGUCUACAUAACGAACUUUAAGUCAACAUUUGAUGAAAACCUCAAAGCUUCCAAACAAUAAGACCUAUUCUACUAGUUUCUUCAUUCUGUAAAAAUGCACAUUAUCUGUUAUAUUUAUUUUGUACUUAUCAUCCAUAGUAAAGAUACUACUAGUUUAACAUCCUUGUGACACUUAAGUGAUUAAGGCUCUGGAAUAGAGAAUCUCGCAUGAACUAAAAUUUAGUUUAGAUUGAUUUCCAUUCCCGGCUCGCCUUCUUCCUUUUAAACUCGAAAAUUUCAGUUGGUUCUGUACGUGUACUUGUAUUUCGUGUUUAUUUUGAAGCUAACCUUUGCCGUUCGAGCCCUUACAUCAGUCCCUCACCGUGAUAAUUUUCGAGCCGCUAGCCCAAAGUUUCCAGUCUGCCAGAUUUUGUUCCGGUAAUCCUCACAGGGAUUAUGGAAGAUAUUAUCUUCUCUUAGCUUGAGUGCUUUCCCAAGAAUUCGUGGGAGCUUACGUCAACCUGACCUUUCCCUGCAUUCACCAAUAGGUAAUUGAUCCUUGGCACAGAUAACUCGGCCGUUUUCCGAGAUAAAUCACGAAGUUGUGUGCAUUGUUUAUUCUGAAUAGAAUUUUGAUAAGAUGUAGCUUUGAUACUGAAGAGAAAUUAUUAUUAAUGUUAAUUUUUACGUCCAAGAAUUAUUUUACCUGCUGAAUGGCUUUCACUUUAUUUACUAGUUUUUUUUUUUCAUCAUUAUUUCGUUAAAAAAAAAAAGAUUAUAGAAAGAAAGCCUUUGACGAGUUAGCCCGUCUAAAAAGCUAUAGUCGCUGACGCUGUCACACGCUUUAACUCAAUAACAAGUAAACAAGGAAAUUUCGCAACGCUAGAUCGCUUCGAUCGCCCAGAGAGAUCUUAGUCAUUCAAAGAAUUCAUAUUUUAAAACGCUGUGAAUCCAACUGAUCCUUUUCCUCGUCACGCCACCUUCAAAGACCGAGACAUUCCAAACUAUUAUUAUGGUAUCAGACUCAAGGAAAAACUUCAAAUAACAUUUUCUAUUUGUCGUUCUUUAUGGCUAUCGAUUUUUUUUCGUUUGCAGCCAAAAGCCAAUUUCAACCUGUCUUUAAUCCUGUUCGGUCUGCAUUGAGUGCACCUAGCAGCUUCUAUAAAAACACCAGAUCCUUGUACAGUUUUCUAUCGCAUCGAUGAAAUUCAUUCAUCCAUUUGACGUCGAUAUUGAACAAAGUUAGCCGUUAGUUCACACUUUCUACGCCAUUUCUACGAAGAAACGCGUUGUUCCCUGCAGAUUUCAGGCAUUUGAAAACCUCUCGACAAAAUAUCUGGAGUUACCAACAGAACUUUGUAUCACAGUUCCUUGCUGAAAACCUUUGUAUACUUGACCUGUUCUUUUUUAUGUAAUUUUGCAUUAUUGAGAGUUAUGGGUAUUAAACGAAUAUCAUGAGCUUUUGACGACUCAACUUCAGUUUUCAUUGGAAGCCAAUAAAAUGUUGUCUCUCGUUUUUCUCGGUUUGUACUGUAAGUUACGGAGCUUCUUUUUCCGUCCGAUUUACGGCCAAUGCACGAAGCGCACGGGCCAUAAAACUCGGUCCGUAACGUACAGUACGGUUCUCGAAAUCGGUUAGUAAGAGAUAAAAUUGUCGUUUUAAUCUCUUACAGCACUAGAAGGCUCACUCCUUUAUACUUCGAGGCGUUCAUAUCUGGCAGUUGUUACCAUUGAUUUCGGAACAACCUAUGGUGGAUUUGCUUUUUCAUUUAUCAAAGAUGAGGGAAAGGACGCUAUCUUCAUGAACAGAGACUGGGCGAAUGAACAAGCCGCUCAAACAAGAAAAAACCCAACAUGCUUGCUACUCAAAACAGAUCUGUCAUUUGACUUAUUUGGUUAUGAGGCGAUGGAAAAGUACAGCAGUCUUCUGAAGAUGAAAGAGAAGAGAAAGAUUAUCUCUUUUUCAAGCAUUUUAAAAUGACUCUUCACAAUGAGGAGAUAAGAAUGAGCCCCACUGAUCAGUUUCAAAGACAAACUAAUGAAGACAUAGACCGCCCUUCCCUUUCGGCUUAGGGCGUGAUUACCCAUGCAGGAUGUUGGGAAAACACGAGGAUUGUAUGUGAAUCGCGAGCUGGAUGCCGGUCUAUUUCCACUGCUUUCAUGAAUAUGAAAGACUUUAAUAUUCUUUUAAUAAUAUGGGUUAGCCGGUGCAAUAAACGGUUUUUGACAAACCACGGCGCCUGUAAUAUCUCAGUGAUGCUGUUCACGUUCUAGAAAAGAAAAGCGAGCACACAAAAAGAGCUUUGUCUUAACAUCCAGACUUACCAACCGUCCAGCCCGAGAGUUGUUGCUCGAAAGAAUAUUGUUUUUCUUUUUUUACUUUUUUAAUUAAUUAUUGAACAAAGUAUUGAACAUAUCGUGCCAUCUCAUUGAUUUCCACAAAAACGUUUACAAAAUGCUUAUUUAAUGCCAGCGUAAGAAGCACUAGCUCGACCUUAGCCCUGAUAGACCAUUAGUCCAUCAUGGCCGUCAGGUUCAACCGUACACUUGCUCAUCUUGGAGGACUUUAUCAUGGCGAAAGCAUUAGUCUAAAAUUUCAAUUCCGUCAUCUUUAAUCGUAUUAUACGCGUUUAUCUUCGUCAUCCUUAAAUAUUUUGGUUCAUCUAAAGUUUCUUAGAAUCGCUUCUUUGUUAAGGUGAUUGCAAAAAAAUGUUGCGACAUAUUUUCCUUUAAACGCUGGGUUCAUUCUCUUCUAGAGUCUUGACAGUAAGACUCUAACAGAAGCAGCUAACGGACAACCUGUCAAGGCCAAGACAGUGAUCGCCAAGUCCAUUAAGUUUCUCAAAGACGAAGCCAUCAAAGUAAUCUGUCAGCGGACAGGAGAUGAUCAUUUCAGUCCAGACGAUGUCAAAUGGGUUCUAACUGUUCCGGCAAUAUGGAAUCCGAGUGCAAAGCAGUUUAUGAGAGAAGCAGCUUAUCAUGUCUCAUCCAGUUCGAAAUGAAUGCCCCCAAAUCUUGAAAUCUGGGCGUGCUCACAACUUUAUAUGUCUGUUUAGGUGUGCCAAUCUUAUGGCAAACAUCAUCAUAACAUUUAAAGGCGCAUGCUUAUUUUCAUCGACUUAACGACACCUUUCAGGUUUGUUUUAGGUUUUCUAUCUAAAUUAAAAAGUCUUUUUUAAAGGCUGGUGUGGGAUCACCAGAGAAUCCCAAUCAACUGAUGAUCGCUUUGGAGCCAGAAGCGGCUGCAAUUUUCUGUCAAGAGAAAAAUUUCCGUGAUUUUCAGGCGGAAUAAUUGCUUUGGUAUAAUUGUUUUGGUAUAAUUGCUCAGGUGCUUUCGAAUUCUGCGGUAAAUUCGUUUUAAUAUUGAAACCAUUCUGUUACAAUUGUUUUUGUUACUCGUAUCACGAUAAGCAGCCAGUUUACACUAGAAUUUAACAGGUUCAUUCAAUUCAAAAAGUUCCUAUAUUUAUUUGGAAAAGUGUUACACCAAACUUAGUAGCAUCUUUUGUCGUCUUCAGAGUUGUAUUUUCUCUCAUCGCUUGCGUCAUUGAUGAAAAAACCGCAACUAUCAAAGGUGCAAACCAUGUUCCUUGCCAGCGGCCAAAUGAAAGUCAGUUCAUAUAUACUUUUAUCGACUCAAAGUAA